AUCCCAUCCCCUUCGAUAUCUUCCGCAUUCAAUCAUUUUUAUUCCGCUAUUUUCUCUCUCCCCAAACACCCUUUUAAGCCAAAAAGAAGACAAUGGCCGAUCAGCUCACCGAUGAUCAGAUCUCUGAGUUCAAGGAGGCCUUUAGCCUAUUCGACAAGGACGGCGAUGGCUGCAUUACUACCAAGGAGCUCGGGACUGUGAUGCGAUCACUUGGGCAGAACCCUACUGAGGCAGAACUUCAAGAUAUGAUUAAUGAAGUUGAUGCUGAUGGAAAUGGGACCAUCGAUUUUCCUGAAUUCCUUAACCUGAUGGCGAGGAAGAUGAAGGAUACUGAUUCUGAGGAGGAACUUAAAGAGGCUUUCAGGGUUUUUGACAAGGACCAGAAUGGUUUCAUAUCAGCUGCUGAGCUGCGCCAUGUCAUGACAAAUCUCGGUGAGAAGCUUACAGAUGAGGAGGUUGAUGAAAUGAUCCGUGAAGCCGAUGUUGAUGGUGACGGGCAGAUCAACUAUGAGGAGUUUGUUAAAGUCAUGAUGGCCAAGUAACUUUCUAACCAACCAUAACGAUGAACCAAACAUUGAUAAAAAAGGGAACAGGGCAGAUAGGUUCGCUAAGACUUAUAUCUCUGAAUAGGAACAUCCAUGUUUUUAAAUUAUUAGCUUUUGUUGUUGAUUUGUAUCUGUUUUCGUUUGAAUUAUUGCGGAACCUUAGUGUCAUACCCAUUUGCUCUGUUUUUUGUUCAGUAGUCCGGGUUGUCAGUGCUUA